CAUAGCCCUAGACUAAAGUAGAAUGGUCUCAUAUGGAUGGUAAGAGGGGCAGGGUUAAAUCUGAUAUUAUAUCUGAUUGGCUGUGGCGGAUGGAGGUAGUGUAGAAUAGUGAUGCAGUGGAGCAGAGUGGACAGAUAUAACUCCACCAGGCAGCGGCUCGAGCUGAUGUUUGACUGCAUGUUGACUGCGCGAGCAUCUCUCGGUAUCUUCCGAUCCUCCUCAGGCCCGCACAUGGACACACCGUUUCCCGCCCACCGGAGAGGAAUACAGCCAGCCAACUGCAGGGAUGAGAGGAUGAAGGAAUGAAAGGAUGAGUAGUUCACACAGAGUCAGAAAGCCGUGAAGCCGCACAUGAUUUGAUAGUAGAGAGGUGCGCAGCAAGCAAAAUACUUCCAACUGGGAUUUCAAAGGGAAAACAAAAAGGACAGCCGUUAAAACCGUUAGACAUGAGAUUCAGCUGGCGAAUCUAGUCCCUAUCUGGACGUCGCGAUAGUUUUUUCUCUAAAUGCUCGCGUGCCGUUAGUGUCGCUCUUGACCGGCGCGCGCGCCUCCCAAUCUUUCCCACGCAAGUGAAUCUGAUGAGUCCCCGUAGCCGUGUGUUGUUUCGUCGCCGCACGCGUACGCGCCCGGACUUCUCGCGCUUAGCCCCAGCAGCAUGUCCUCGCGCAAGAUCUCGUCAGAGUCGUUCAGCUCGAUGGGCUCGGAGUGCCUGGAGAGCCCCGGAGAUGAUGGCGACUCCUGCCCAUUUUCACGCAUCUGGAACGGCAAGAGCCCCGUGGAGAAGCUCGCGUGCCCGUUCGAGGACGCACCGGGACCCAAACGGGCGACAAGACGGAAGCGCGUGAACCUGGACUCGCUCGGGGAGAGCUUGAGGAGGUUAACGUCGCCCACGACACAGAUGGUUCAACAGUCUUUACAGAGAACCUUAGAGUUCUACAGACAGAAAGAGAUCAGGUGCAGAGAGGAUGGGAAGGAGGAAAAGAAAAGUGUUACUUUGGAGAAGUGUCCCUUUGUGGAUCAUUGUGGUUCUGGAGAAGAGGCAGACAUCUCAGGAAUACUACAGUACAUGGCUACUCUACAGGGUGUGCGGUUCUGUGAGCUGAGGGAGCGUUUCGGGGAGGAGUUCUUCGGUCUGUGUUUCGAAGAGAAUGAGCGGGUUCUAAGAGCGGUGGGAGGGAACCUGCAGGACUUCUUUAACGGCUUUGACGCCAUCUUAGAACACAUCAGAACCUCGACCGGACGCCGCGCCUCUUCAGAGAGCCCCUCCUUUCAAUGCAAAGACCCUCACGAGGAGGAGAGAGGAGGAGGAGGAGGAGGAGAAGGAAGAAGGGAGAGGGUGGGAGGAAAGCUUCUCCUCCUCCACUGCUUUAACCCCGCCCCUGUCGUGGGAUUGGCUAUGCCAGGUCUGAUCCGAGCCGUCGCACGCCGAAUCUUCCACUCCCAAGUUGUGGUGAAGGAAGCCCCUCCCCUAGCGCCCUUGUCGCCCAAUGAGGACCCAGAACACUCAGGAGGAGACUCCACCCCUACACCGACCCCCUCUCCUUCCGCAUCACCAUCACCCCCUUCCCCGUCUGCCCCCGUCUGCCUCUCCUUCCUCAUCAGAGAAACAUCACCCUCCCCUCCCUCCAUCCCUCCCUCCUCUGUCACUCUUCCAACAGCGACCUCCAAGCAGACCCUGCCGCCCCUCUCCCUCUCCCCCACUGACCUGCGCAUCGGUCCAGCAACAUUCUGCAGGGCCUUCCCCUUCCACCUGGUGUUGGGCCCCAGCAUGGAGCUGCUGCAGCUAGGGGAAGGUCUGAGAAGGCAGGCACGGAUCGAGCCUCACCGGACCCUCUCCUUCAGGGACUGCUUUGAGAUUAUGUCCCCCAGGAUCCAGCCCACCUUCCAGGCCAUACUGCUGCGCCUGGCCUCCCCCUUCACCAUCCGCACCCGGCCAGACUGCUCCCAGUCAGGCACCAAGGAGAAGGUGAUGGAGGUGAAGGGACAGAUGAUUCAUGUCCCAGAAUCCUCUACUCUGAUGUUCCUGGGUUCCCCCCGGGUAGACAAGCUGGAGGAGCUGAUGGGCAGGGGCCUCUACCUGUCAGACAUCCCCAUCCACGACGCCACGCGUGAUGUCAUACUGGUGGGACAGCAGGCCAAGGCACAGGACGGCCUCAAGAACAGGAUGGACAAACUCAAGGCCACCCUAGAAAAGACACACCAAGCUCUAGAAGAGGAGAAGAGGAGGACAGUAGACCUUCUCUACUCCAUUUUUCCUGGUGACGUGGCCCAGAAGCUGUGGCAGGGGGAGUCUGUCCCCGCCAGGAAGUUUGAUGAUGUCACCAUGUUGUUCUCUGACAUCGUGGGCUUCACUGCAGUGUGUGCUCAGUGUACCCCCAUGCAGGUCAUCAGCAUGCUCAACGAGCUCUACACACGCUUCGACUACCAGUGUGGAAUACUGGAUGUGUAUAAGAUUGAGACUAUAGGCGACGCCUACUGUGUUGCGGGCGGGCUCCACCAAAAGAUUGACAGCCAUGCCAAGCCAAUCGCACUCAUGGCCCUGAAGAUGAUGGAGCUGUCAGAGGAGGUGUUAACGCCGGACAGCAAAUCCAUCAAGCUGCGGAUAGGUAUCCACACAGGCUCAGUGUUGGCGGGGGUGGUUGGGGUGAGGAUGCCCAGGUACUGUCUGUUUGGCAACAACGUCACACUGGCCAGCAAGUUUGAGUCUGGCAGCCACCCUCGAUGCAUCAACGUCAGCCCAACCACAUACCGGCUGCUGAAAGACGAUAUCUCUUUCUCUUUCGUCCCUCGUUCCCGGUUGGAGCUUCCUGAUAAUUUUCCUAAGGAUAUCCCGGGAACAUGCUACUUCCUGGAGGGGGGGACUUCCCAUAGCCACGCCUCCCUGACCAGCUCUCGCUCCGCCCCCCCAGCUCCCCUGAGGAAAGUGUCCUACAGCAUCGGCACCAUGUUCCUGCGAGAGACCAGUCUAUAGGCUCCCAAUACACACAGUCAUCAACAUACACACACAACCCUACAGCCAUGUUUAAAUGGGAGACAAUACCCGCCUACUCCAAACCAGGACUCAGUCCUCUUAACAACCCCCUCGCUUGUCCAUCUAGAAACAGACACUCCUCGCUGCACCAACUACAACCUGUUGUUACCAAGGGCAACCACCCUUUACCCUCCAACCCCACCACGAGUCAGACUGAAGGUUGAGAGAAGAGAGAGAAGAGGAGGAGUGAAAACAACAAGAACAACAGAGACAAUAAUAGAAUCAUCUAGCGACUCCAAAACUAAAGCCUUCUGCUUGUAGAACACAGCGAACUGUAACCAUGGAUACCACAGCUGGCUGUCAUCUUGGGCAUGGCAGGUACUAUGUUAUUAUCAACAGCGCUCACAACUCAGUGCCUUCCUCACUAGAACACUACAUACAUACACACCAUGUGAGCUGUCUGAACACACAGGGAAAUGGAACGAGGUCUGCAGCUCUGAUGCUCCCCACAGUGAUGUGUGUGACUCUCCCUGAUCAGUCACUGUGGGAAGCCCAGGUUGUUUUGGUCCAGCUAGCAGCUGAACCACUGAGAUGUUCGGACAUUUUCUCUUUCAGUUAGCUGAAUGCAUCCGUUUGUCAACACUACACCAUGGACAAGCAGCACAUCCAUCCAUCCACCCCCUCCAUCCAUCCACCCUCCUCCAUCCAUCCAUCCACCCCCCUCCAUCCAUCCACCCUCCUCCAUCCAUCCAUCCACCCCCCUCCAUCCAUCCACCCCCCUCCAUCCAUCCACCCCCCUCCAUCUAUCCAUCCACCCCCCUCCAUCCAUCCACCCUCCUCCAUCCAUCCAUCCACCCCCCUCCAUCCAUCCACCCCCCUCCAUCCAUCCACCCCCCUCCAUCUAUCCAUCCACCCCCCUCCAUCCGUCCAUCCAUCCACCCUCCUCCAUCCAUCCACCCCCCUCCAUCCAUCCACC